AUGGCGACCACAGUUCUUGUAACAGGAGCCACUGGCCUUUUGGGCCGACAGGUCUUUGAUCGAUUCAAGCGCUCGGGCUGCCUCACAGUCGGCCAGGGUUUUUCCCGCGCGAACCCGCCGACAAUCCUCAAAGCGGACCUGGAAAACCCGGAUGAGAUCAAGGCAUUGCUGGAUGAAGCUAAACCCCAGAUCGUUAUCCAUUGUGCCGCCAAUCGCUUCCCUGAUCUGUGCGAUAAGAACCCCGAUCAGGCACGCCGGGUUAAUGUCGAUGCUACUCGCACGCUCGCAGAACUGACGGCGGCCCGGAAUAUACUCCUCGUAUACAUUUCCACAGACUACGUCUUCCCUGGCGCCGAGGGGGAUGCGCCCUAUGCAGCCGACGCGGAGACGAAGCCUCCAAACCUAUACGGUCAGCUGAAAAGGGACGGCGAGCUGGUUGUGCUUGAGGCGACCAAGCAGAGUGGGAUGGGCAUUAUCCUCCGUGUACCGGUGCUAUACGGCACGGCGAAUGAGAACUCGGAGAGCGCGGUCAAUACGCUGGUUGACUCCGUGUGGAAGGCCCAGGACGGGAAUGCGGGGGUGAAAAUGGACGAUUGGGCACUGCGGUACCCUACCAACACCGAGGACGUCGCGCGAGUGCUCCGCGACAUUGUGAUCAAGUAUCUCAAGGAGCGGGGCCAUAUUCUCCAGCUUCCCAAGAUUCUUCAAUAUUCAUCUGAAGACCGGAUGACGAAGUACGAGAUGUGCGAGAAGUUUGCAGAGAUACUCGACGUGCCCUUGAACGGGAUGAUCCAAAAUAAAGAAGGAAACGACCCGAAUGCGUCCGUGCAACGACCAUACGACACUCACCUUUCGACCCAGGUGCUGAAGGAUCUCGGGAUCGAUGUCCGGACCGUGGGCUUUGUGGAGUGGUGGCGGAAACACUUGGAGGGGCAGAAGAAAUGA